GCGCCGCCUGACUUCCCCGAGGGGCCCCGCGGCCGCACGGCGACUCGCCGCGCUCUCUCCAUGGUCCGCCGGCUGCCCGCCCUCGCCCACCCCUGACGCCGCGGGCCGCAGCACCGCAGACCUGCGCGGCGCGGAGGACCGUCCAGCCGACUUCUCUCUGCCUCGCGCGGGCAGCCAUCGUUUGAUGUCCUGUGACUGAGAAGCCAGCCUUUUCACCUCAUUAUUAUGCCUUUGGAGAUGGAGCCCAAAAUGAGCAAGCUUGCCUUUGGGUGCCAGAGGAGCUCCACAUCAGACGACGACUCUGGCUGUGCCCUGGAGGAGUACGCCUGGGUGCCCCCGGGCCUGCGGCCGGAGCAGAUCCAGCUCUACUUUGCUUGCUUACCAGAGGAAAAAGUUCCUUAUGUUAACAGCCCUGGAGAGAAACAUCGUAUUAAACAGCUAUUGUACCAGUUGCCGCCACAUGAUAAUGAGGUACGGUAUUGCCAGUCUCUGAGUGAAGAGGAGAAGAAGGAGUUGCAGGUAUUCAGCGCUCAAAGGAAGAAAGAAGCACUGGGAAGAGGAACAAUUAAACUUUUGUCCAGAGCAGUGAUGCACGCCGUGUGCGAGCAGUGUGGGCUGAAGAUAAAUGGAGGUGAAAUUGCAGUGUUUGCCUCGCGUGCGGGCCCUGGAGUGUGCUGGCACCCUUCCUGUUUUGUCUGCUACACGUGUAACGAGCUGCUGGUCGACCUCAUCUAUUUUUAUCAGGAUGGAAAAAUUCACUGUGGCAGGCACCACGCUGAACUGCUCAAACCACGGUGUUCAGCAUGUGAUGAGAUCAUUUUUGCUGAUGAGUGCACAGAAGCCGAGGGCCGCCACUGGCACAUGAAGCACUUCUGCUGCCUGGAGUGUGAAACGGUCCUGGGGGGACAGAGAUACAUCAUGAAGGAUGGCCGCCCGUUCUGCUGCGGCUGUUUUGAGUCUCUGUAUGCGGAGUACUGUGAGACCUGUGGGGAGCACAUCGGUGUCGACCAUGCACAGAUGACCUACGAUGGGCAGCACUGGCAUGCUACAGAGGCCUGCUUUUCUUGUGCCCAGUGUAAGGCUUCUUUGUUGGGGUGUCCCUUCCUCCCCAAACAAGGUCAGAUUUAUUGCUCGAAAACAUGCAGCCUUGGUGAAGACGUCCAUGCCUCUGAUUCUUCUGACUCUGCAUUUCAGUCAGCUCGAUCAAGAGACUCUAGAAGAAGUGUCCGGAUGGGCAAAAGCAGUCGGUCAGCAGAUCAGUGCAGACAGUCUCUGCUCUUGUCCCCGGCUCUGAACUACAAGUUUCCCGGCCUAUCAGGCAACGCUGAAGACACCCUUUCUCGGAAGCUGGAGGAUCUGAGUCUCUCCAGGCAGGGAGCAGGUUUUGUCAAUGAAGAAUUUUGGAAAGGCAGAGCGGAGCACGAAACCCCAGAAGACCCUGAAGAAUGGGCCGAGCAUGAAGAUUAUAUGACGCAGCUCCUCCUCAAGUUUGGUGAUAAAAGCCUCUUUCAGCAGCCGCCCAAUGAGCUAGAUAUUCGAGCCGGUGAGCACUGGAUAUCUGAUAACAUGGUUAAAAAUAAGACCGAGUUAAAGCAAAAUAACCAGAGCCUUGCAAGUAAAAAAUACCAAUCUGAUAUGUACUGGGCACAGUCACAAGAUGGGCUGGGUGAUUCUGCUUAUGGCAGCCACCCAGGCCCUGCAAGCAGUAGGAGGCUCCAGGAAUUGGAUCUGGACCAAGGGGCUUCAGGAUAUAAUCAUGAUCAAACGCAGUGGUAUGAAGAUUCCCUGGAGUGUUUGUCAGACUUGAAACCAGAGCAAAGUGUUCGAGAUUCUAUGGAUUCUUUGGCUUUAUCUAAUAUCACAGGGGCUUCAGUGGAUGGAGAAAGCAAGCCGAGACCAUCAUUAUAUUCCCUGCAAAACUUUGAGGAAAUGGAGGCAGAAGAUUGUGAGAAAAUGAGCAAUAUGGGGACUUUGAACUCUUCCAUGCUGCACAGGAGCGCAGAGUCCUUGAAGAGUCUAAGUUCAGAGCUGUGUCCAGAAAAAAUCAUGCCUGAGGAGAAACCAGUACAUCUGCCAGUGCUGAGAAGAUCCAAGUCUCAAUCCAGACCUCAGCAGGUCAAGUUUUCGGAUGAUGUCAUUGACAACGGAAACUAUGACAACAUUGAAAUCCGGCAGCCUCCAAUGAGUGAAAGGACUCGAAGACGGGUCUACCAUUUUGAAGAGAGGGGAUCCCGGUCUCAUCACCAUCGCCGCAGGAGAAGUAGGAAGUCCCGCUCUGACAACGCCCUGAACCUUGUCACAGAAAGAAAAUACUCUCCCAAGGACAGACUGCGCCUUUACACCCCUGACAACUACGAGAAGUUUAUACAGAACAAGAGCGCCCGGGAAAUCCAGGCAUACAUCCAGAACGCCGAUCUGUACGGACAGUAUGCCCAUGCCACCUCCGAUUACGCACUGCAGAACCCAGGACUGCCUAGGUUUCUGGGACUCUACGGGGAGGACGAUGAUUCCUGGUGCUCCUCCACCACCUCCUCCUCCGACUCGGAAGAAGAAGGCUAUUUUCUGGGACAACCGAUUCCUCAACCCCGGCCACAGAGAUACGCCUACUAUACAGACGACCUUUCGAGCCCAACUUCUGCACUCCCCACUCCUCAGUUUGGUCAGAGAACAACUAAGUCCAAGAAGAAAAAGGGACACAAGGGCAAAAACUGUAUUAUUUCCUAACCUAGUAGCUGUGGGGGUCAUGUCUAAACUGCCAUUAACCAUCUCGAAUCCUAUCUAUCUUUUUUCUUCCAUAGGAAAGUUGCUAAAAUAGUUUAAAGUGCUUUGCCCAUGUAAAUGAGACCCCUGCUGCUGUUCACGGUGUCAGAUUAACAUUCGGAAGGUGCGAUUUCCCCAGUUUGCCCUCCGUGGCUGGUGCCGGGUUGAUGCCCCACCUUGUGCCUGUCAGGUGCAUUACGGUCCUGUGUAGCGGCUUUGGUCUCCAGUCCUCCAGAGAAUCCUCAAGAAAACUGUCAGGAGGUGAUUGGACGGGGGUGUUACUUUAGACAACGGAGAACUUCCGCCACCUUUGUAAAGUGAUAGUGUGUGUCGUCUGUCUACACCAGGUUGGCCCAGGUCCUGAUCAGUCUGUCCGUCUUGUGCGGCACGCACGUAGUCACGCUGAACCCAGCCAGUACUGUGCAUCCCAUCGUGUGAGGCCACCUCGUCCCCUUUCAGUUAGCCAGGUAAACACUGCAUUGUAUUAGCUCCAGAUUGACAAAGACAUUGCUAUUUAUAAUGUAGUAUUUCAUAGACUUAAGUGUAUUCCUAAUUUAACGGUGCAAAUAUUAAUGUACAUACUGUACAGGUCAGAUUUUAAAGCUGAUUAUUUUUAUAUCCCUGAAUUGCAAGACAUUUGUUACACUGCAGUGCUAGAUUUGUUGGGGAACCAGAAACAGCAUUUAUGGAUGAAAUGAUUGCUUGUACUUUAGUCAGGGUUUAUAAGCUUAGAAGGUCAAAUUUAUAUUGCCUAGUGAUGGAAGGUUCAAAUUUUUUGAUUUUUCAAUAUUAAAAAGGCUCUGUAUGCAUGGUGGGGCUAUGUAAAUACUCUUUAAAACUAUGGCCCUAUUAAUCUUACGAGUGCUAUUUAUGGGUCAAGCAAUGUAAACUGUAUAAAUGUAAAAACAAACAAAAACCCCCAUACAUAUCCCUGGAAUAUAUGGUAAAAACAAGUAGAAGCUGUUCGGGUGAAUGUUUUUUCCCCCCGCCUCGGGGAUGGUAGGGGGUGCCUUUCCCAUUUUCAACAGAGUGGUGAUUAUUUCCUGAGAAGAGACCAAAACUACAAGAUCUGCUUUAUAGGCAGAGGACUUUGUAGAUUUAGCAUUUGAAGAGAGGCUAUUCCUUUUUACCCCCCUCCCUUCCAGCUAACUUGUGGGCCCUUUUCUUUUGAAAUCUUCAGAGGAUGCUGUGCCACUGACUACUUCAAGUUUAUAUGAGGUUCUAUUUCAAGGAAAAAGGAUCUUGAAUUUGAACUAAUGAGCUGAUAGUUUGUUAUGUGCGACUGUUGCACAUACAGUUCAGUCCUGAGUCAGGUCCUAGUGGUACCCGGGACCUAUAGGAAGGUAUUUAAUAAAUGUUUGAUAAAUAACAAACUA